CCACUCGACGAUCUGAGCUUCCGAGAUUUCAAUCGCAUUCAUCUGGGUCGCCGAGCUUCGAUUACACUUCAACAAAGAUUCAAACUUUACCCAAUUUCGAAAACGGAAGAAAGAAAGCAUCUUUCCCUCUUUCACUGCAAUUUCUAGGUUUCCGAUACCUUCAUAUGGCUUCCAUGGCCGCAUCGUCCUACUGGUGCUACACGUGUAACCGGUCGAUUCAUGUUCGGGUUCGGACCCAAGAUUCGAUCCUCUGCCCCGAUUGCGGAGCUGGGUUUAUUGAAGAGAUCCCGACCCCGACCCGGUCGUCUCCGGUCCACCACCCGUUUCCCACCGCCGCGAUGUUCCUUGACAGCGCCCCGGCUUCGCAGAGUCCGAGCCCGCCUAUACUUCGCCGGAAUCAGAGAAGUGGCCGCGAUCGGUCCCCGUUUAACCCGGUCAUCGUUCUCCGCGGCCCAUCCGACACAGAAUCCGACCCGGGAAGUUUCGAGCUGUUCUAUGACGAUGGAGCUGGGAUGGGUCUCCGCCCGCUGCCGUCGUCGAUGUCGGAUAUCUUGAUGGGUUCGGGUUUCGACCGGUUGCUCCACCAGUUGACCCAAUUGGAAAACGGUGUCGCGCGGCUCGACCACCCUCCGGCGUCCAAAGCCGCGAUCGAGUCGAUGCCCUUCAUCAAAAUCGCCGACAGCCAUGUCUCGACGGAGUUGCACUGCGCCGUUUGCAAAGAGGCUUUCGAGCUCGACUCUGAAGCGCGGGAGAUGCCGUGUAAGCACAUCUACCACUCAGAUUGUAUCUUCCCAUGGCUUUCGAUCCGCAAUUCGUGCCCGGUUUGCCGGUACCAGCUCCCCACCGAUGUGAGAGGCCCGCGUGGCAGUGGCAUGGCUUCGCCAGAGAACAAUGGCGUGGUUGGAGAAGAGGAGACGGUGGGGUUGACUAUCUGGAGAUUGCCCGGUGGCGGAUUCGCUGUGGGGAGGUUCACCGGAGGCAGAAGAGCCGCGGAGCGCGAGCUUCCAGUUGUUUACACCGAGAUGGAUGUUGGGUUCAAUACGGCCGGUGCUCCUUGGAGGAUUUCAUGGGCUUCUAGAAGAAGGGCUAGAGAGAGUGGGGGGUUCGCUCAGGCCUUUCGCAAUUUCUUCUCUUUUUUCGGCAGGCUGAGAAGCUCGAGAAGUCGGUCUGGCAAUGUGUUCAGUAGACCAUCACGGAGGAGGAGCCAGCGUUGGGCUUUGGAAGACAACUGAUUGAGGUUUAGUGUUGUGUCAUUUCGGGUUCUUCUAUUUUUGAUUACGUUGUGCUAAUGUCCUUGUUAAGGAAGGCAAAGUUUGUACAUUUGUUAUUUGUUUGGUGUAAAUAGCAAUACAUGACAGGGAAUUCAAGAGUCUCUCAAUUGGGGCUCCGUCGAAGAGAUGUAAUUUUUGAAUUGGUACAGAGGGAAUUAGUUUCCACCCAUUUGGGGAAGAGGAAGAGGAAGAGGAAGAGGAAGAGGAGGAGGAGGAGGAGGAGGAGGAGGGUAAGUAAAGCCACAGGGUUAGAGUGGCCGGUUGGCAUUGCAUUCGAAAGUUAGUUAACCGAGGUACUAGGCUUUAUGCUAUUGUUUUUAUUACUGUUAGGAUUUUUGGCCCUUGCUUGUUGCAGAUUUGCAGUGAAUUAACCUAGAAGCUGAUGGCUGUUUUUAUUUUUUAUUGUUGUACUUUAGCAUUGUUAUAGGAUUGUUCUGGUUUUAGUUGAAAUUGAUUACUGGUUCACUUCUUGUAUGCUGUUGAGUUGUAUUUUUACGUUCGUGCAAGAUUUGAUUUGAGAUGCGGUCUCUCA